CUGCAGCAGCCGCCGCAGCCGCCGCCGCAGCAAAUCCAACUACCACAGAAGCAACAACUACAGGUGCAGCCACAGCAGAAGGAAACCAAAGGCUACUCUCGUAAAACGACACCGGCCGCAGAUGUACCCGUUCACACACCAGAUCCAGAUGAACAACCAGCUUCCACAACGGUGACUGCACCUCCCAGUGUGGCAUCAACCACGUCUAUCCGCCGCAAGGCUUCUAGUAUAGAACCCCAGCCAUCUCUUGCAUCAGAUCGCCCUCGUCGCACAAGUACUGCUCGGAAUACACCUGCACCAGACAAGGCUCCGGCAGAAACAACCAUAACCACGCGGACGGCCGGAAAGCGAACUAAAAGACCAGCGCCAGGUGUCAUUAGCCGGACUGUGAGCGGCGGCAAUAGUGCUGUUGGGAAACGAAAAGCCGCGCCGAAGAAGAGCGCCCGCACCGGGAAGGGUAAAGACAAGGCAGCUGCGGAAGGUCGACAAGCAGCGGCGGCAGCAGCAGCAGCAACAGCAGCCGCCGCCGGCACCAAGAACGAGACGGAAGUCGAAGUGGAUGAUGAGGGAAACGUGAUCGAUCCCAACGAGCCGAGGUACUGCCUAUGCAACCGUGUGAGCUUUGGGAUAAUGAUUCAAUGUGACAACGUUGAUGUGAGUAAACAACCCAACGAGAAGAAGUCAACAUCCAAGAAAUCCGGCAAGGCCGCAGCAAGUCUCGGUUCGGCAACUUCUACGUCUGCUAUGUCUAUUUCCACAAGGUCCAAGCGAAAACAGGGAACAAAGGAGGAUGAACAAGAUCAAGAACAAGACGAAGAGCAAGCGCCCAACAAGGAAAAUGAAGGAGAAAAUGCAGAGAGCAAUCCGUCUCAGACGGGAAAAAAUAGGAAAUGCCAGCAGGAAUGGUUCCAUCUCGAGUGCGUAGGACUCACCGCGAUUCCGGCUAGGACGACAAAGUGGUAUUGUCCCGACUGUCGCAAGGCGCUGAACAUUGGCGAGAAGGGCGAAGUCAGUGCUAGAGGCAUCAAGGCCUAG